AUGGAUUCGGCAAGGAGUUGGUUUCAAAAGUUUCAACCGCGAGAAAAAUUUAGGAGUCCUUCUCGGAAAAAGGAGGCGGGUGAUGGAGAUGAUGAAGAUUCGAAUUUGAAAAUGGAUGAGGAAGCUCUUUCCAAUGUAACCAAACAGAAAGCAGCUGCGGCUAAGCAGUACAUUGAGAAUCAUUACAAAGAGCAGAUGAAGAAUCUCCAAGAGAGGAGGGAGCGACGGAUUUCAUUGGAAAAGAAGCUAGCGGAUGCGGAUGUGUCUGAGGAAGAUCAAAGCAACUUACUUAAAUUCUUGGAAAAGAAGGAAACUGAAUACAUGCGGCUUCAGAGGCAUAAAAUGGGUGUUGAUGAUUUUGAAUUGUUGACAAUGAUUGGCAAGGGUGCUUUUGGGGAGGUCAGAGUCUGUAGAGAAAAAACAACAGGUCAUGUGUAUGCUAUGAAAAAGCUAAAGAAAUCGGAGAUGUUGCGCAGGGGCCAGGUUGAGCAUGUUAAAGCUGAAAGGAAUCUGCUUGCGGAGGUUGACAGUAAUUGCAUUGUCAAACUAUACUGUUCUUUUCAAGAUGAUGAUUUUCUCUACCUUAUCAUGGAAUAUUUGCCUGGUGGAGAUAUGAUGACUUUACUUAUGAGAAAAGAUACCUUGACAGAAGAUGAAGCUAGAUUUUAUGUUGGAGAAACAGUUUUAGCUAUUGAGUCUAUCCACAAACAUAAUUAUAUCCAUAGGGAUAUUAAGCCCGACAACCUGCUACUUGAUAGAUAUGGGCACUUGAGGCUAUCUGAUUUUGGACUAUGUAAACCAUUAGACUGCAGCACUAUCCAAGAAGGAGAUUUUUCGGUAGUAAAUAACAAUUGUAAUGGAACUACACUGAAUGAAGAACACCCAGCAGUUCCAAAGCGCACACAGCAAGAGCAACUGCAAAAUUGGCAGAAGAAUAGGAGGAUGCUUGCUUACUCUACUGUUGGUACACCUGACUAUAUUGCUCCAGAAGUACUGUUGAAGAAAGGUUAUGGAUUGGAGUGUGAUUGGUGGUCUCUUGGUGCUAUUAUGUACGAAAUGCUUGUGGGCUAUCCACCUUUUUAUUCAGAUGAUCCAAUGUCAACAUGUAGGAAGAUAGUAAACUGGAGAACACAUUUGAAAUUCCCAGAAGAAGCAAAAUUAUCUCCAGAGGCAAAAGAUCUUAUCAGCAAACUCUUAUGUAGUGUCAGCCAUAGAUUGGGAACAAAUGGCGCGGAUGAAAUAAAGGCUCAUCCAUGGUUUGAUGGUGUUGAAUGGAAUAAGCUUUAUCAGAUGGAAGCUGCAUUUAUUCCUGAGGUCAAGGAUGAUUUGGAUACUCAAAAUUUUGAGAAAUUUGAAGAGUCUGAGGACCAAACUAAAACUGCAUCAAAAACUGGUCCAUGGAGAAAGAUGCUCUCAUCUAAGGACAUGAAUUUUGUGGGCUAUACAUACAAGAACUUUGAAAUUGUGCAUGAUUAUCAAGUUCCGGGGAUGGCUGACUUGAAGAAGAAAGACACUAAACCAAAGCGGCCAUCUAUCAAGUCACUUUUUGGCCUGACUGUCAUUUUGGCUUGUGCAGAAGGUGACUCAGAGACAUCAGAAUCAUCAGAUACAGCCCCUGGUGAUGAGACUGCUCAAGGGAGCUUUCUGAACCUCUUGCCUCCGCAACUAGAAAGUUUUGGUCGACCCGUCUUUGAGGAGUUAAACCCGUCAUUGCUACCGUAUAUAGAUGGAUCUCAGGAGCCUUUAAAUUUUAAUGAAUGGGAGAAAGAUUGA